AAAUUUGGAAACCAGACUCCUCCACAUGUCAUGUUCAAAACAGCAAUCUCGCACUUUUCCCCUUACUUUCCUACCCUCAGAAAUGUAUAUCAAAGAUCUAUAGCAAAGGGUUUCCUAACAGAAGCAGGGAGGAGACACAUGUGCGACGGCGGGACGAACGGAAUGGCUCUUGAUCGGAAGAAUGAUAUGAAAAAGCGACUGGUUUGGGUCGAUCUUGAGAUGACCGGUUUGGACCUGGAGACUUGUCACAUAUUGGAGAUGGCUUGCCUUGUGACCGACAGCGACCUCAACGUUGUGGCCGAAGCUCCUAAUCUCAUCAUACACCAGCCAGAAGAGACAUUAAAAGCUAUGAAUGAAUGGUGUGUCGAACAUCAUACCAAAUCUGGCCUAGUUGAUGCAGUUAGAGCCAGCAAGGUCUCCAUUCAGCAAGCCGAGUACGAGAUGUUGGCCUUCAUUCGCAAGCACACUCUGCCUAAAAUCUGUCCUCUGGCUGGCAACACUGUGCAUGUAGACAAGGAGUUCCUGGCUAAGUACAUGCCUCAGUUCAUGGAUCAUCUGCACUAUAGGAUCGUGGAUGUCAGUACUGUCAAGGAACUUUGCAGACGCUGGUACCCAGAUGAAUUCAAAAACGCCCCUCUGAAGAAAUUGACACAUCGAGCUUUGGACGACAUCACCGAAAGCAUCAAAGAACUGAAAUACUACAAGAAAACAAUCUUUCAAUGAAUCCAUGAAAGUAUUGAGAGCAAAAAACUCUUUAAAUACUUUUAGGAAGAUUUUGCGAGGUUAACAGUUUGACUUUUUGGAAGUGUUUUCUUUUAUUUUCCUUUUUACACCUCCAACAUUAGUUUUCUCAGUAUAGGAAAGAAAUUAAAAAUUGAGCUAUUAAACUCACCGUGACCGCUAAAUGGUUUAGCUUUUUCUGGGGAAAAUAUGCUUUGAACAAAUAAAUGCCAUUCGCCAAAGCUUUACCAUGCAAAUUGAACUGUUUUGCAGUGGUUUCAGUCAAUUUACUAUUAAAGAUUUGCAUUUCUACAUUCAUUAAUAUUCACUCAUGACUGUAAGAAACACGGAAAACAAGCAGAAUCAUACAAUUUGAACACUGUUAACUUUAAUUUGUUAAAAAGGGAUUUAUAAAAAGCAGUUACACUCGAUAAUUUUUUACAGUUGAAAUGAGUUGUGAUUUUGUAACAAACCAGAGCGAUACAUCAAUUGGAAAAAGAAUUCAUGUGGUACUAGUUGCUGCAAGCGAGAUUUAGUACUAGGGCAACAAAGACCAACAGGGGUACAUACUGAUAGAAUUAGAAACUUUAGCAAUGUAUAAGCUUAUGUAUUAUGCAUAUUGCCUUAAAUGUUUGCAUAGAAAGAAGUCACAAUAUGUAACAAUUGAAAAGUAUCGCUGUUGUAUGCUAAAUGUAUUAAAAAUGUACUACAUACAAUUUGUAUUGCAAGCAUAAAAGGUUAUAAAAUGAAAAACAAAAUUGAAUGAAACAUUGGAUGAACAUUUUGGGAGAACAAUAUCACAUCAGAAUGAGCUUUAAUAAUAAACUUUGUUCCAGAGGAAAUAUUUGA